AUGUUUAGUAAACAUGCUCGAAAUUUUGAACAAAUAACUGAUUCUGGUAUUCUUCUUCAAAGUAAAGUUUUGGUUAAAGCAACUGAAAUUGCACCAACAAUAAAACAUCUUGAGGUUAAACUUCCAAAAGGACAAACUUAUCGAACAGGUGAUUAUCUCGCGAUAUUACCAUCGAAUCCAGUUGAAAUUGUUUAUCGAGUUCUCAAGCGAUUCAAUCUAUCUACGGAUACUCAAGUCAAAAUUCAUUGUUCUACAAAUACUUUCUUUCCGACUAAUCAUCCAGUUAGUGCAUUUGAUAUCCUAAGUGGUUACGUUGAAUUAGCCCAACCGAUCAGUAGAAAACAAAUUGAAACUCUUGCUGCAUUAUGUAAAGACGAAAAAGAAGCAGCACAACUCAAGAAUCUUAAUGGAGAUACAUAUGAAAUCGAAAUUCUCAAUAAACGUAUUAGUAUAUUAGAUACUCUUGAACUGUAUUCUUCAUGUGAUCUUUCAUUUGCACAAUAUCUUCGAAUGCUUCCAUCACUUCGUGUUCGUCAAUAUAGUAUUUCUUCUUCGCCUUUAUGGAAUUCGGAAGUCGUCACACUUACAUUUGAUGUAUUAAAUGUUCCCGCAUUAAGUGGAUCUGGACAAUACUUUGGUGUAGCAUCAAAUUAUCUUGCAAAUUUACGAGAAGGUAAUCCAAUUAGCUGUAGUGUUCGAGCAAGUAAUACAAGAUUUCAUCCACCUGAAGAUACAACAAUACCAAUUGUUAUGAUUGCUGCUGGAACUGGAAUUGCACCAUUCUGUGGUUUUAUUCAAGAACGAGCAGCACAAUUAGUAUAUGGACGAAAUAUUGGAUCUACAAUUCUUUAUUAUGGAUGUCGAUCACAAGAAGAUUUUUUGUAUUCAAAUGAAUUCGAAAAAUGGUCUAGCCUUGGGGCAGUUCAAGUCAAAUCAGUGUUUUCUCGUCAAUCAAAUAAUGGUAAAAAAUAUGUUCAAGAUUUACUUUGGGAAGAUCGGAAUGAAAUCGCUAGUUUAUAUUGUGAGGGUGCACGCUUUUAUACGUGUGGAAGUGGUCGAAAAGUUGGUGCAUCAGUCAAAACAUGUUUCAUAAAGAUUAUUGCAGAAAUUAAACAAUGUAAUGAAGAAGAAGCAACAAAAAUUCUCGAGAAAAUUUCUUGUGAUCGGUAUAAUGUUGAUGUUUUCGCAUAA